CAAAGUCUCUUUGCAUAUCUCUCUUAAUAACUUUGACUAGGUUAUGUCUACCGUGGAUUUCGCGUCUCUUGUCGACGCUGUGAUCGAACGCCAUGGCGAAGACUUGUGGGAACUGAGCCGUUUCCUCUACGCAAACCCCGAGUUGGCCCUGGCUGAAUUCAAGGCCCACGACAAACUAUGCGCGUUUUUGAAAAGCCAUGGCUUUGAGGUCCGCAGAAACCACUUGCUGGAGACUGCGUUCAGGGCUGAGUUUGACGCUCCCGGAGGAACUGAUGGUCCAACUGUAGCUAUCAUGGCCGAGUACGACGCCUUGCCUGAAAUAGGACAUGCCUGCGGUCACAACCUCAUCGCCGAGAGUGCAGUUGGCGCCGCCAUUGCUGUCAUGGAGGCCAUGAAGACAACGGACACCAUCCGUGGCAAGCUUGUCGUCAUGGGAACACCAGCCGAAGAGAACUGCGGAGGUAAGGAAAUUCUCCUGCAGAAAGGUGCAUUCAGUGACAUUGACGUGGCCAUGAUGGUCCAUCCUUGUACAAGUGACACUAUCCGACCGGGCGCUUCAGCGAGGCAAAAGACGACAGUGUGUUUUCGAGGAAAAGCGGCGCAUGCAGCCGGAUGUCCCUGGGAAGGGUUGAAUGCUGUGGAUGCAGCUGUAGCCUCAUACAAUAAUAUUUCGUUACUGCGGCAGCAGAUGAAGCCAACUUCUCGAAUACAUGGCAUUUUCGUGGAGGCGGGUACAAGCUGCAAUGUUAUACCCGAAAGCAGCAAGCUCAUCUACAACAUUCGUGGCGAAACCGCUCGUGAUCUGGAUGAACUGGUCGCCAAGGUAGAGGACUGUUUUCAAGCCGCUGCGCUGGCUACCGGGUGUACCGUGACAAUGGAGAACGACAUACUAUACAAGGACUUCGUCCACAACACGGUCCUGUCAAAAAUAUACCGAAAACAUGGGCGGCGCAUGGGUGUGCGCUUUGAAGACGACGACAUGGUGAAAGUGCACGGCACCGGUGCGUCCUCGGACGCCGGCAACGUGUCGCACGAGCUGCCCACGCUGCACCCGGUGUUUCUCAUACCAGCCAGCUCCGGCAACCACACACGGGCCUUUGCCGAAGCGGCCAAUUCACCCGAUGCACAGCCGCCGACCCUUCGCGCGGCCAAGCUGCUCGCGCUCACGGCGCUGGAUGUACUCGCCGACCCUGCGCUGUUGGCUGACGUGCAACGGGAGUUCCGCGAAUGGAAAUCCUCUUGCGCCUAAAUACAAAGAGAAUUAUGUGCCACUACGAGCACUCCCGUGGUUGAUAUUUAAAUGAAGACGUGUCUUUUUCUCCGGAACUCCUGUUGCGGCAGCCAUGCAUAUUACGAUGUCGAUGCCAUCACGCAUACAUCCGCAUUCGCGGAAAACGUGUCAGCCUAUCUUCCGCCU